CCUCCUGAGUCAGGCAGAGGAGAGGAAGCAAGCAGAACAGCAGAGGCAGGAUCUGAUUGCAGAAAUGGGCCCAGAUUCCUCUGAGACCAAAAGGACUCCAUUGGACACCAGAGAGAGGCUGCUGGGUGACCAGAUGAUGCCAGCAAGACCUCCUCUUCCAUCUAUUCCUGGUGGUGAAGGAGAAGCAAUGGCUGUGGAAGCAGCUCAGGGUCCAGUGUGCUUUGAAGAUGUCGCUGUUCAUUUCACAGAUGAGGAAUGGGCGUUGCUGGAUCCUGACCAAAGAGCUCUGCAUAAGGAAGUCAUGGAGGAGAAUCACACAAUUGUGGCCUCUCUCAGUGGUGAUGAUUUGGAAAUUGAGAGCGAGGACACCCAUGACAGAAUCCACACAGUGGAGAAGCCAUUGCCACUCUUGGAGUGUGGAGAGAGCUUCAGUCACAGCUCCCAUUCGACUACCCACCAAAGAAAUGCUAUUGGGAAGAAACCCUCUCAGUUCUCUGAAUGGGGAAAAAAAUUCUGUUGGAAUGAAAGUCUAACUUAACAGGAAAUAAUUCCCACAGGG